GUGGCCAGUCUGCUGGAUAAGCUCCACUCCACGCGACAGCAUCUCCAUCAGAUGUGGCACGUGAGGAAGCUGAAGCUGGACCAGUGCUUCCAGCUCCGUCUGUUCGAACAGGACGCAGAGAAGAUGUUUGACUGGAUCAGCCACAACAAGGAGCUUUUCCUGCAGAGUCACACAGAGAUCGGGCGAGGAUACCAACACGCUGUGGAGCUGCAGACUCAACACAACCACUUUGCUAUGAACUCCAUGAAUGCCUAUGUAAAUAUCAACAGGAUCAUGUCGGUGGCGAGCCGCCUGGCAGAGGCCAGUCACUACGCCUCCACACAGAUAAAACAGAUCUCCACUCAGCUGGAUCUGGACUGGAAAAGUUUUGCCGCUGCACUCGACGAGCGCUCCACCAUCCUCGCCAUGUCGUCUGUGUUUCACCAGAAGUCUGAACAG